AUGCCACCAGUUCCCCAAGAUCUCUUUCUGGAGAUGUGUUAUGAAGCGGUUCGUGCGAACGCGGACUGGGUUCCACCCGAAGGUAAGGGUGCCCUGUACCUCCGACCUUUGCUAAUGGGCAGUGGUGCGGCCUUGGGCGUUGGUCCCAGUUCAGAGUUCACCUUCGUGAUUUAUGUGGCGCCCGUUGGUAGUUACUUUCCCGGUGGUGCCCGGCUCCGCGUGGAAACCAACCAUCAUCGAGCAGCAGAGAUGGGCGUGGGAUAUGUGAAGGCAGCUGGCAACUAUGCGCCCUGCUUUCUACCGCAGAAGGACGCCAAGGAGAAAGGUUUCUCCGAUGUGCUGUACUUUGACCCCAGCGGAACGCGGGUUGAGGAGGCAGCUGCCAGCAACUUCUUUUGCGUCACAAAGGAUGGCGUAUUGAAGACACCUUCGCUAGGCACCAUUCUGGCCGGUGUCACCCGGGACACCAUCCUGAAGCUGGCGCGCAGACUCACCUCCACGGAGAGCGGUUUGCUCACCUCCGUGCAGGAGACCUCCAUCAGCUUGGGUGAAAUCCUCGAAGCCCGGGAAGCCUUCGUCACCGGCACGGCCGCAGCCGUGGGAUGGCCCAGCCACCGUGAUGGCAAUGUUUAA